AUGAGGAAUCCGACAGAACAAAGACCCGAAAACAUGAGGAACCUGACAGAACAAAGAAUCGAAAAUACGAGGAACCCGACAGAACAAAGACCCGAAAACACCAGGAACCCGACAGAAAUAAAGACAAGAAAACACCAGGAGCCCGACAGAACAAAGAGCAAAAUACACGAGGAACCCGACAGAACAAAGACCCGAAAAUACCAGGAACCCGAGAGAACAAAGACCCGAAAACACGAGCAACACGACAGAACAAAGACCCGAAAACUUGAGGAACCUGACAGAACAAAGACCCGAAAACACCAGGAACCCGAGAGAACAAAUGAUCGAAAACACCAGGAACCCGAGAGAACAAAGACCCGAAAACACGAGCAACCCGACAUAACAAAGACCCGAAAACACCAACAACCCGACAGAACAAAGACCCGAAAACACCAGGAACCCGACAGAACAAAGACCCGAAAACACAAAGAGCUCGACACAGAACAAAGACCCGAAAACACGAGGAAUCCGACUGAAGAAAGAUUCGAAAACACGAGGAACCCGACAGAACAAAGACCCGAAAACAUGAGGAACCCGACAGAACAAAGAAUCGAAAACACCAGGAACCCGACAGAAAAGAACACCAGAAAACACCAGGAACCCGACAGAAACAAAGACCAGAAAACACCAGGAACCCGACAGGUUCCGGUAUUCUCUAUCGGCUAUAAUACUCUUAAUUUCUGA